AAAGGGAAUCAGUACUAAUGUUUUGAACUGAAUUUUGUGGCUUCACCAACUAGAGUGCAGUGCCUGUUUCCACUUUCCAUUCAGUGUGUAACUGACACAUUUAUGUUUCCUUGUACUCUGCAACAUGUCUACGACCAAAACCAUUAUCUCUCAUUUAUUGCAUUCAUAAUCUUUAAUUGAUCCCAAUAAAUAAAGCGAGUAAGCAACUGUACUCCACCUAUUCAGCUCAUAACUGUGUUUUGGAAAGUAAUGCAAACACUUUCGUUUUGUUAAAUAUGUAUCCAUCCAUCAUACACGUGUGUUACCCCUAUGAGUCUCUACUAUAGGACUGGUUCCUCAUUCGCAUACCAACACAUCUUUUGAUGUUUUCAUCACUUUCUUCCUCGUCUUCGUUAUGCGAUCUUGUAUGUUCUGCUGAUUCUGACAUCUCUGCUUUGCACGACAUCGUUUGGGAUUGAUGUCAAGAAAAGGUGGGACAAAGUGACAAACAAGUAUGAUAUGUCCGCUAUAAAACAGUGAAAAUCAAGGGGACUAGACCAUAAAACAAGGAUUAAGCCAUGUAUAGAUCAUUUCUGAAAUGUGAUGAUCCAAAAGGAGUUGUAGGAUGUGGGACAAUCAGGAAAUACAGAACUCGUUCUCACAAAGGGAAGGACAAGACAAAAAUGCAGAAGACAAGUGAUAUAAUGGAAACAUCCUUGAUCAACAAGAGAUACAAGGAGGAGAAGAAGGUCGCCAAAGAAUGCGAUGGAAAUCUCGUUGGUCCAUCAUCUUUGCAGCUCACAAAGGUCUCCGAAGAGGAUCAUAGCUUGACCAAUAUGCUAGAUUCAUGGUCUAGAGAUAUUAUAUGUGAAGGAAAGUCCGAAGAUAUAGCAAAAGGUAUUUUAAAAGGGGCUCUUGGUCUGCAAGAUUCUCUGAGCAUGCUUCGCAAGUUGCAAGAGGAGGUCGCACAACAUACAGCUCCUUUUGGGAGAAAACAGACUGAGAAACCAGAAAGAGACAGAAUUGAUGGAAACAAGAUUGGUAUAAGGCAGGCUAAUCCAUUAGGAGAACAAAGUAAUACAAAGGGGUUUCAAAGAUCACAGCUUUCUGCUGGUGGUUCUUCAAGUAACUGCAAAGAGGAACUAAAGAAGGUGAUUAAGGAGAGUUUGGUUAGGCAAAAUAUGUUUCCAAAGACCUCUGACGGAUUUAAUUCAGGUUCAGAAACUUUUCAUAUAAGCACAAGCCAAUGUUUUGGGGUCAAGAAUGACAGACUUUCUGAUCCUUCUUCAUCAGUAAUAGCUUCAAGGAUUGAAAAAGGACCUAGCCUAGUUUUCAAGCUGAUGGGUUUAGAAGAAGGCCCCUCAAAAUCAUUUCCAGCUGCAAAGCAAAAACUAUUGGGUGGUGAGAUAGAUAAGUCAAAGGUCAGAAACAAUGAUUCUACGGAUGAGAAGGUUAAUCCAGAACUAAAAGUCGUGAGGGAAACUCUUGAGACUACGCAUUUCAAAGGUAUUUUUAAGGAGAAUUUUGUCAAAGAUUCUAAGCAUCAUGUGCAUCAUCAUUUCAAUGACACCAGUUCCAAGCAGUUUGUUGAUUUAUCUCACAUUUCAUCUACGGAACCUCAAUGUACAAUUUACCAACAAUCAGAAAAAAGUGCCUAUAUUCCAGUUCUUCCAAAGGAGUUGAGAAAACUGAGAAGAGAAAUACUCUCUUCCAAAACUAUCAAACAUAGAAAAGGUUCCAGUUCCACCAACAUGGGAAAAGAAAUGGAAAAAGGUAUUAGGAAACGGCUUAAGAAAGAGGGAGGACCAAAAUUUCUCAAAGAGGUUACUAAAGUGGAUGCAAAAGGAAACAAUCCUGUUGAAGAAUAUGCGGGUAAGGUAAAACUGUAUUGUCACAUUGGUCACACAUCACAUGUAAAUGAGACAAUUGAUAGAAAAUGGAAGGUACGGCCGAUUAGCAGAAAACAGACAGAAAAGGAUAUCUCACAACCAACAAUUGUGGCAGAACAUCAGUACAAACGAGAAAUCCCCUCCACAAAAUUGAGGAAGCUGAAAAGUGGAUCCAGAAUCGACAAGAAUGAGAUUUCUUGCCUAAAGAGUAGAGGUUCAAACAACAUCUCCACUAAAAAAACUACGAAUUCCAAGGACGUUAAAGUUGAGAAUAAAAAAGUUAAUUCCGUGGUAGAUUCCAUAACAGGUAGAAAGAAUCAAAUGAAAAAACAAAGCCCUGUUGCUGAGCCAGAACUGGCUAAUCUAACUGUAAGUUUGCCUUUUAUUCUGUGCAUAUAUAUUAACCAGAUAAUGAAGUGAGAUUUCCAAUGAGUCUGAAUUUACAAUUCUUAUGCAUAGGUUGCACAAACCAGGCAGAUAGAAAAGAAGAAAAAUUACCCCGAGAUUAGAAUCUCAACUAGACUAGAAGAUGAGCUCCUGAUGGUGCGUGAAGCAGAUGCCUUCAUAAAUAAGAUUGGAGGUAAGUUUUUCAAGCUAUUCCUGCUGGCAGAAUUG